UUAGGUUUUAGUGUUCGAUAAAAUUAUAGUGGAAAUAUACCUUGACAUUCUGUGGAUGAGUGAAGGGAGGAGCCAUUAUUGAAAAUGUUCUGGAGCUGUUGAGGAUAAAUAUGCGGAGAUGGCUGGUGGGUGGUUGAGGGUCGUUCAGAAAGUUUUCAUGGCCAUUUUCAGCCUUACUCAUGCCAUCAACGGUCUUGGAAAUGGAGUUGUUCUUCCAAAAGAUCCUUACAUUUACAUCGGGAACAUCCUCACGCUCAUGUGUAACCUUACUACUUACGAGCCUGGGGAUUACGACUCGCAAAAUCUGUUUUUCUCGCGGAGAAACGACGAAAUAAUCGCCUCAACAUACAUCACCAUAGAGUCAACGAGAUCCAUUGUUCUACGAUACCCGAUAAGAUCAAGUGAAGAUGGCGGAAAUUACUUGUGCAAACUUAACCGGAGAAAUAAUCGUCCAGAGAUUAUUGGAAACCAGUUUGUCGUUGUUGAAUAUGAGCCUCAGCCGGUGACGGAUGUGAACUGUCGUGUGUACAACUGGCAGAACAUGACGUGUACGUGGGACCUUGGCGUGAAAUAUGUGCACCCCGACACCAUUGAUGUCUCUCUCAUCUGGACAAUUGACUCCACACAGUCUGUCUGUCCACACCCGACAAAGACAUCGUGUUCAUGGUGGGAAGUUGAUGAGGAAAACUCCUUCAUGAGUGACCUCCCUUACUACAUGGGCGUCAUUGUGACGAAUAAGCGUACAGGCAUCCGGUACCCAGAAAGCGUCCCUGGACAAUCUGUGGACACAAACAGAAUUGUCGAACCCACGCCUGUACAAGAUCUCGCUGCAGAAAAGAACACAACAUGUAUAAUGUUGUCAUGGAAGCACAGGAAGAUUAGACGCGACAAAGUUUACAAGCUCGACUUCAAAUCAGAACACGAUAUGUACUGGCAGACGAAGCACCUUGACUCGGCUCGGAAGAUUACCCUGUGUGGCCUGUCACCGCACACACUUUACAACUUCAGUGUACAGUGCAUCCCACGACUUCUGACCGGCGAAGUGAAGGGGUUCUGGAGCAAGCCUGCGUAUAUUGCUGUCCGAACAGAAACUGGGAUUCCAAAGAAGAGCCCAGUCAUAGCCUCGGGGAGCUACAUGGAGACUGCGUGUCAACACUUCAACUGUAAAAAGGUCCACAUUUACUGGAAGCCUUUGACAACACUUGAAGCCAACGGAAAUGUCUCGUUCUACAAAGUGGACUUUCAGAACCUUCGUACCGGACUAGGCUGGGAUUCUAGCAGAGUUACCACCAGUGAAAUCUCGCUGAUGUUUAUAAAAUCUGACCCCUACCAAGUGCAGAUUAGGGCAGCCACUAGCAAAGGCGUGGCUGAUGUGUUUUCCAACAUGUUCAUUCCUGGAAAUGACUUUAAGCCGAGUGUGCCAGACCAUCGUGUGGAGGCAGGCAACAGUUCUGUGACUGUCUAUUGGGAUUUCCCAGAGGAUAUGACCUCGCCUUACUGGCAUAACCUGACCUCGUUUACUGUCUUCUGGUGCACUGGCUUUGUCGGAGAUUUACGGUGUGAGAAACCUAUCGAGUUCAAAGAUGUCUCAAUUACUGAAAGAAGUCUAGAUGUGUUUACUGCAGAUCUGAAGUCACACAUAUUUGGAGUUGCGGUCAAUGCCUUGUCUAAAUCAGGAAAAUUCAUCAGUAGCGGCUUUAAAUGGAACUCGUGCAUGUACCGGAAAAAUGCGGAACCAGAGGUAGCACCGAUGAACAUUCGCCUCUCUGCAUACCAGCCGGACGAUUCUCUAAGUAUUGAGUGGGAGAGACUAUCUUGCGAUGACAGCGUCUCAUACAUCGUCAGCUACCACAUAAACAUUUGUCCGACCAGGGGUGGCUACAACUGCACAGGAGAAGUGAACACGUUUACUGUCCCAAACACCUUUAGCUCAUACACAGCAGAGGGGCUUGACAUCGGAACACGCUACAAAGUCUGGGUGAAUGCUGUAUCGGAAGCCGGAUCCGGACCCAACAGUGAGACUGUGUAUGGAGUCGUCAUAAACAGGAGUUUGACGAAGGGAGAAAUAGCUGGCAUUGUGAUUGGUGGGUUGAUCGUGUUCAUCAUCUUUUUAGUUGGCAUCGUUCUGUGUACAAGGCACGUGUAUGCAUCGUUGAAGAAGCGGUACCAGUACCCCGAGCCCAUCGACAUUCCCAUCACACUGCCUCCACUCCCCGAUGUUCCGAUAUUUGAGGAAGAAUCGCAGGGGUCGGAUGACUCCGACGGGAUUUACGAGAAGAUUAUAGACGACCCUCCAAGCCCAGUGUCAUCUACAAUGUCCACCACUGGCGUGGACGCACCUCUCCUCAAUUCAACAGUCAAACAUGGCAUUCUUAAGGGCUACAUAUACGAUGUCAAAGAACAGCCGAGUGAUGACAGUGGCCGGGGCAGUGAAACACACAGUGCCGAUACUCUUCUCACUCGAUUACACCCCUCACACCUUAAAAAACACAAGAAACUCUCUGAGACGGACCCCGUCUCCAACAGCGACUCUGGCGUCAUGCUAGACGGCCGGGGGCAGACAUGUACUUUUAAAACAGUAAAUGAAGAGUUGAAGAAAAGCAUCAUGAAUGGGAAUGUGUACAAUUUUGAUGAGAGAGGAGGUAAAGGGAAAUUAGAUAACGUUACUCCAUAUAGUGCUGUAGAUAUUGUUGAAAAAUCGAUGAAACAGUUCGCUGGGACACGCUCUAAAGGUGACGCAGAUAUUGGAUUGAAUAAAGGAAGCACUUUGUCACUUCCUAUCCACAGGCUAGUGGAUUCAUCUCAGACGCUUGAUGUGCGAACACGAAGUGCUGAAAACGACCUUGACAUUUCCCGCCAUGUUGGUAGCGUGAAAGGGGUCAAGGAGUCAGGGUCCUGUAAGGACUGUAUAGAUUGUGUUUUGAACAGUUCAGGAGAGACUGAUCAAGGGUCAAAUGAAAUGUCCAGUAACCCUGACCCCAGCAGUAUUAUUUUAAGGUCAAGUGAUGGGUCAAGGUCAAAUGGCAGUCAUGGUGAUAAUGGGAGUUGCCAUAGUGAUGAUAUAAACUCGUAUAUCAGAGUGGGCAAAAACAACAAUCUUAGCAGGAAAUCUGGUCUCAUUAAUCCAGCGUGUAACUGUGGUUGCCAUAGAAACUGUGUGGUGCCGGUUGCCGGGGGCGACGGAUAUGUGGCACAGGCAGUAAUGGUGGGUCACGAGGAGGAAAACUGUCACUGUAGAGUGAAGGAACAAAUAAAGGCUUAUUCGUUUGAAAAUGGAUUGGAUUUCGCAGAUGAAAUGAAGGUCCGUAUAUUAGCGGAUGUGAUAAAGAACAGCAACAGACCAGACAGCCAAGUGUGUAAUCUUCCACCGCACUUCUUUGAUUCUCUCAGUGCUUUGCCGGUGGAUCCAACAAGAACAACAGAGUUGUAGCGGAAACAACUUUAAAAGUUUACGGCAAAAUAAUCGAAAAAAAAAGUUUAGGCCAAACAAGAAUAAGUUUUGUUUGACUUGACUCUUGAAAAAUAUGGCUUAAACUUUUUAUUUAAGCAAUUGGAUAAGAAAUUGAACUUUUUAAAAUAGAAAGUAGAAAAAAUACCAGCAAACUAACUAUCCUCUUUUAAAAUGUUUUAGUUUUGCAUUUGUAGGCAUCUUGGAAUUUCCAAUUAUAGUCAAAAUAACGCUGUUUUCCCCAAUCUGAAAAACCCUGACCCAAUAUCCGUACUGGUGAAAAACAGCCAACGUAAGAUACGUGCAUUGAAAAUAGAAAUUUAAAUUCAUAAAUAUAAGUAGCAUACUUAAGUGUGUUAGAAAUAUACCUUUGUUUAGAAAAAAGGCUGUUAUCAAUGUCCAAUUAUAUAACUGCAUUGUCAUUUUGAUGUUAUAUUUCUUUUUUGUUGUUUAUUUCUUUUUUGUUGUUUCCUUAAGGCUUCGACAAGAUUUGAAAAACUAUUUUUUUGUAAUAUAAUAUACUUAGUGCUAAUAGAACCACGUGCAAAGCAUUAUAAAGUUUAGAGUCAAAGAUCAUUUGAUAUUUUAUUGUUUAUUAGUUAGUGCUAUUGGUACUCUUAUAUUGCAAUAUUUUCUGAUAUUCCAAGUGGCAUUUUAAUUGUAUUUUAAAGAAAUAAUUGCGGAACUAGAUAAUGUUUAAAUAAUUCAUCAAUAUAUUUACGUAAUAUCACAAAAAGUUUGUGUCGCAUUUUAAAACUAUAAUGCUUAUAUUAACAUUUCAAAUCCUUUAAAUAAUCAUGUUUAAUAACUAAUUUUCCAACUUGAUUGUGCGAAUUAGUUGUAUUUCACACAUUUGUUAAUCAAACAGGGAGUGAAUUGAGUGAUAUCUUUUUUUCAAAUUGGUAACUCUAAGAAAAAAAAAGAAAGAAAAAAGAACCCAAAACAAAUUGGCCAACGCAAUUGUUCAGAACUUUGUUAAAGUUAACGACGUGAUUAACUAUAUUAAUGUUAACAUUUAAACAUGAAAUAUUUGCUGAUAUGCUCACAUAUUUUGAUAUAAACUAGUACAGUUGAAACAGUUGUUUCAAAUCUUAUAAGAAUUACAGCAGAUCACAAGUGUAUCCAUUCAACUUUCAGGGCAGUAUCGAUUUAAAGUUAACAGCAAUAAGUUUAAUAACAAUGUUAACUUUAACAAAUUCUGAGCAUUAUACCCAUUUUUUUUUUGGCAAGAUAAGAUGCUGCUAGUUUGAAUUUUUAAAUCCAACUCAGAAUUUUGUAAACGAUCGUUACGAAAUCUUGAACUUAAAGCUGCAAAGAUUCAUCGAAUUGACAACUUUUUUUAUUUUUUGUUUUGGAACAAGCCAAUUAUAUGC